AUGGCAUUGCAAAAAGAGAAGGCGUCGUCCCCAUCCAAGCCACAUUCAUCACCACUCUCAAUAAUUUUGUUCAUUCACAAAGCAAUCCGUAAUGAGCUUGAUGUGAUUCACCGAUCAACAAUGGGCUAUGCCAACGGCCAAAGUGUAGAACUUCGGGCAUUUUUUGAGCGGUGCAACUUCCUGAAAUCGAUUUAUGAGAAUUACUUAAAUGUUAAAGAUGAGGUGAUAUAUACAGCUGUUGAUGCACGGGUGAAAAAUAUAGCUGAAACCUACUUCCUUCAACACCAAAAUCAAAAACUUGUUUUGGAUCAUCAGUAUAAGCUGCUGAUUUCUAGCACACAAAAUGAGGUAAAAUUUCCAAGCAAGGAGUUGGUGUGCUUUACAGGAUCCCUACAAACAAUGGUUAGCCAGUGUAUGGCCAAAGAAGAGGAGCAGAUCAUACCUUUGCUCAUUCAGAAAUUCUCACCUGAAGAGCAAGCUUCACUACUGUGGAAGCUUUUGAGCGGCAUCCCCACGAAUAUAGUGGUUAAACUCAUUCCCUGGUUAGCGUCGUCCGUUUCAUCUGAUGAACGUCAGCAACUGUACAAGUGCUUAAGUACUGUAGUACCGGCGGAGAAGCUUCUCCAACAGGUCAUUUUCAGCUUGAUGGAAGGGAAAGAUAAUUGUUCUGGGACCAAAGCCGGUCGAGACGAUGAUACAAAUUAUGCAGCCAAGCUCAAUGGGGUGCAUCCAAUAGAUGAUAUAUUGCUUUGGCAUAAUGCUAUUGAGGCAGAGUUGAAUGAAACGCUUGCGGAGGCGAAGAGGAUGCCUAUUGCUGGAGCUGUUACAAAUUAUGAUCUUCCGGCUUGCUAUGACAGGCUGCAAUUUAUUGCUGAAAUCUGCAUGUUUCACAGUAUUGCUGAGGAAACGAUCCUAUACCCUGCAGUGUAUGGGGAAGUUCCAAGUUUCCACGAGCGCAGAAAUGAAGCAAGUCUAUCCAAUGAGUUUAGGUGUUUGAUCAAAAGUAUAAAAAGCGCAUCAACAAAUCCAUCCGCAGCUGCUGAAUUUCAAUCAAAGCUACGCUCUCGUGCUGAUCAAAUAAUGGAAACUUCAAAGGCUCAUUUCCAUGAUGAAGAAGUUAAGGUACUUCCACUUCUUCGUAAGAACUUGACCAUUGAAAGACAACAGGAACUUCUGCAUCAAAGCCUGUGUGUAAUGCCCUUGAAACUAAUUGAGCGUGUCUUGCCAUGGCUGGUAAAAUCAUUGACUGCAAACCAAGCACAGACUUAUGUCAAGAACAUGCAGUUGGCAGCUCCAGCGUCAGAUAUCGCUCUGGUGCAGCUCUUUUGUGGUUGGGCUACCAAGGCUAGUAAUGACAGCUUAUGUUCAUCAAGUUCCUUGCAUAUCAACUGUAUAUCACCAUCACAUUCAGUUCGCGAAGAAUGUAAUAGCCGUUUUGACACUGGAUUACCUGCACAACCAAUAGAUGUUGUUUUUAAAGUUCAUAAGGCCAUACGCCGUGACUUGGAAAAUCUGGAUACUGAAUCUGAAAUGCUCAGUAACUGUGAUGAAAUAUUUCUUAAGCAGUUCAUUGAAUGUUUCUGUUUGUUAUGGGGCUUAUAUAGAGCUCAUAGUAAUGCAGAGGAUUACAUAUUGUAUCCGGCAAUGGAAUCCAGAGCGGCACUUCAAAAUGUUAGUAACUCCUACAUACUUGAUCAUAAGCAAGAGGAACAUGCAUUCGAAAAUAUUUCAGGUGUUCUUCUUGAGCUUUCUCACCUUCACAGAGGUACAAGAUCUGGUGCCCCCAUAAAUGAAUGUGUGAGAAAGUACUAUGAGCUGGCAAACAGGCUUCGAAUUAUGUUCGUGUCACUAAGAAUGAUGGUAGACGAGCACAUGUACCGGGAAGAGCUUGAGCUGUGGCCAUUAUUUGGAGUAUACUUCUCUGUGGAGGAGCAAAACAAAAUGGUUGGUUUCAUACUGGGGACUACAGGUGCUGAAGUGCUGCAUUCUAUGUUACCAUGGGUCACUUCUGCACUUACUGAGGAUGAACAGACAAAAAUGAUGGAUACUUUCAAGGAAGUUACGAGAAACACAAUGUUCGCGGAGUGGCUUAGUGAAUGUUGGAAAGGAAGCUCACUGUCAACUCUACCGCCGAAACUGGAAACUAAAAUUUUCGUAAAAGGUACUGGAUUUGAAGAAAGGCACCGCCAGAUUGAUCAAACUUUCAACUCUCAUAUGCGGAAUAACUUGAAGCAUCAAAUGACUAGUUACUGGAUUGCGGCUCAAGAAAUAACAGUGGAUGUUUCAAAUACUGCACACUUAGGGGCACAGUCACCAACUUUUCGAGAUCACGAGAAAAAAGUAUAUGGCUGCCCGCAUUACAAAAGAAACUGCAAACUACUAGCUGCUUGCUGUGGCAAACUGUUUACUUGUAGAUUUUGCCAUGACAUUGUCAGCGACCACCCAAUGGAUUGGAAAGCAACAUCUGAAAUGAUGUGUAUGCGCUGUCUUAUUAUUCAGCCAGUCGGGCCUGUAUGUUCGACAGCUUCUUGCAAUGGAUUUCCGAUGGCAAAGUAUUAUUGUAAUCUUUGCAACCUCUUUGAUGAUGACAGGAAUGUCUACCAUUGUCCAUUUUGCAACUUAUGCCGAGUAGGGAAGGGCCUUGGCAUUGAUUAUUUUCACUGCAUGUCAUGCAAUUGCUGCAUGGGGAUGGCUUUGGUGAACCACAAGUGCCGGGAGAAAUGUCUAGAAACUAACUGCCCUGUCUGCACUGAGUUUUUAUUUACAUCAAGUUCAAGAAUCAAAUCUUUACCAUGUGGCCAUUAUAUGCAUUUAGCUUGCUUCAAGAGCCACAGUCACUACACUUGUCCAGUUUGCAGCAAAUCUUCGGGAGCUACAAUGAUGACAUCAACACAAUCCUCACGACUGGUGGAUGGUGAUGUGACCAUGGAAAUAUGUGGUUAUGACCAGAAAACUGAAAUGACUUCAAGCACUGAUAUUAAUCCUGAAGGAAGAUUCUUCAUGCACGCUAGCUUCUGGAUUAAUAUAUUAUGUCAGCUUCUCUUAUGGUUUGGCGCCCACAAAGGAAGAGUAGUUGUACCAAGAUUCCUGCAAAGAUUAAAAAGGGGAUUGGAGAAUGGAGUUGCAGGACAGAAGGCCAAAGAGAGAUUGUAA